AUGAGGCCCGGGCAGCGCGCGGACGAGGCCGGGGACCGGUGGGGGAAGCGUGCGGAGGGACCGCCGCCGAUGGACGGAUACGACCGCGACCGCGACGGCGGCCGCGACGGGCCCGGGCGCGACGACGGAUCGCGCCGCCCGCGGCUGCAGCUCAAGGCGCGCUCGGCGGAUGCCGACAAGACGGCGGCGGCGAUUGCUGGCGGCGGGUCGUCGCUCUUCGGCGGCGCGCGCCCGCGCGAGCUCGCGCUCCAAGAGGCGGGGAGGGACUACCGCAAGGAGGAUCUCGUGCGGUCCGCGGGAGCGGUGAAGCGACGCGAGACGAACGACGAGAAGCGAAUGAAGAAGGAGAUCACAGAGUUGAAGGAGAACCUCGAGGCGUUGCCCAAAGGCGGCGAGGAGUACGACGUCAUCCACGGCGAGCUCUCGGAGAAGGAGACCGCGCUCGCGAAGCUGACGCUGGAGCUGGACGAUAAGGUGCGGUUCGCGCAGAGGAACGCGCCCGAGGGCGGCGAUCGCGGCGGUGCGAAGAGAGGCGACGAGAAGGGCGGCGAAGGCGACGGCGCGGAGGGCGACGGCGCCGCGGACGGUGCCCCGGGGGAGAAGAAGGACUCAAGGUCCCGCGACCGCGACCUCGACCGCGGCUGGGGCGAGGGCAAGGCGGAGCGGCAGCGCGGCGGCUGCGGCAAGAGCGGCGGGGGAGAUAAGAAGCCGGGUGGGAGCGGCGGCGGGAGGGAGUCGACGCAGCGGGAACCUCGCGCGCCGCGAGCGAUGAUGAAGGCGGCCGAGCCGGAGGCUGUCAAGGUGGUGUCCGGCGGGUUCGCCGCGCUGGGGGUGGACGACGACGCGUAGAGUGGGAGCGGCGCGGUAGCGCGAUGCCGCGCGUGUACAUACGAUACAGUACGACGA